AUGGCCGAAACCGAAGCUUCCCUCGCGCUCACGGCCGUCAAGGUCGAGGCCUUGGUGGUGUUGAAAAUCAUCAAGCACUGCUCCCAGACCUUCCCGACCACAGCGACCGGCUCGAUCGUCGGUAUGGACGUCGACAGCACCCUGGAAAUCACCAACUCGUUCCCUUUCCCGGUCGUCGAGUUGCCCGCCGAAUCGCACUUUGACAACGCCGCCCCGAAUCCAGCGGCCGCCGCUCCCCGCGCCAAGGGGAACACCGCGUACCAGACGGAGAUGAUCCGCAUGCUGCGGGAGGUUAACGUCGAUGCGAACAAUGUCGGAUGGUACACCAGCGCCAACAUGGGCAACUUUGUCAAUAUGAACGUGAUCGAGAACCAGUUCUUCUACCAGAAGGAGAUGAACGAGCGGACAGUAGCGCUAGUGCACGACGUCAGCCGCAGCUCGCAGGGCAGUUUGAGUCUGCGGGCUUUCCGGCUCUCGGAAAAGUUCAUGGCCGCAUUCCGGGAGAACAAGUUCAAUGCUGAGGAGUUGCAAAAGUCCAACCUUCGCCACCAGGAUAUCUUCGAUGAGCUGCCCGUGGAGAUCCACAACUCGCACCUGAUCACUUCCUUCCUCCACCAGCUGCAGGGCCCCAUCACAUCGGGUCCGACGGACCUACCGCCCUCGCUGAGCGCACUCGAGUCCAGCCCGUUCGCCAAAUCCUCCAUCCUCACCCCCAACUUUGAGAACCUGUCCCUCAGCAUCGACCCGUUCCUCGAGAAGAACUGCGACCUCCUGCUGGACAGCAUCGAGGCGCACAACACCGAGACCAACAACUUCCAGUACUACCAGCGCGUGCUGGGACGGGAGCAGCAGAAGAUCAACAACUGGAAGCAGAAGCGCAGCCAGGAGAACGCCACCCGCGCCGCGCUCAAGCAGCCGCUUCUGCCCGAGGACGAGUGGCAGCGUUUGUUCAAGCUCCCCACGGAGCCCAGCCGGCUGGAGAGCAUGCUCAACACCCGGCAGGUGGAGCAGUACGCGCGCCAGGUCGACAGCUUUGUCUCAUCGACCACGGGCAAGAUGUUUGCUGUCAAGGGCAACCUGCUGCCCGGCGAGACGGCCAAAUAA